AAGAAUUGUGGAUCGGCGUGUUGUUUUGAACACCAAGGUCCAUUAACCGAUUUUCCUUGGUGUUCGGCCUAAAUAUCUUUCACUCGGCACAGGUUAGGGUUUAGUUGAAUCUUUCUUCUGAGAGUUUAAAAUGGCAACAGAAGCGAAGGUAGUCAGUGAAGACGCAAAGAUCGACCUAUUCGAGGACGAUGACGAGUUCGAAGAAUUCGAAAUCGAUCAAGAGUGGGUGGACAAAGAAGAAGGAAAAGAAGUAAAUCAGCAGUGGGAAGACGACUGGGAUGAUGAUGAUGUAAAUGAUGACUUUUCUCUGCAGCUUAAGAGGGAACUGGAGAACAACACUGAGAAGAAGUGAGCUAGGUCAAAGUAUUCAUCAGUGGUACUCUUACUCUGCAUUAUGACUUUGUUAUUCAAACUCCAGAUGGUUUUCGUUUCUUUGUUAUGUUAAUUGCAGAUGGUUAUCCUCAUGUGACACAUUUUCUUUGGAAUAACAUCCAUGAAUUUUAAUCUA